AUGGCGGCCAAUGGAGUUGAAACUACAAAAGCGGGUGGUACGCAGGGUACCACAAGCAGGAAUGGCGCGUGGAAUGUCACUACCAGAAAGCAGCCAAUUCUGAAGGCCGAACCCAUUGAAGCUCUCUCCAAUGAGUUAGGCAUACCCAUUCCUGAGAUGAUAUUUGGUGACAACAUUGUGUCGCUGACUCACAUCAAGACUGGCUGGUCGCUAGAGUUUAACGCAAGAGAUGCGCUGGACAAAGUAAGCAAGACGGAGGAGGGUAUGCUUCAGGUUGCGGUAGCGGAACAGUGGAAGAAGGAGCGAAGCCACCAAGAUGAGGUAAAGCAGGUCGUCAAGCCAUUUGACUGGAGCUAUAGUACCGAUUACAAAGGCAGUACGCACCCGGGUGAGGCGCUUGGGGCGUGGGAGCAGACGACGCAGGAGAGGUUCCCAAUCCGGACAGACCUGCUGUCAAGACCGGAUCCCAUUCUGUUCUUCGACACUGUUGAUCUUUACGAGGACGAGCUUGCGGAUAAUGGCAUUGCGCUACUCAGCGUCAAGCUACGGGUCAUGCCAGAGCGGUUACUCAUACUGAGCCGCUUCUUCUUGAGGUUGGACGGCGUGAUAGUGAGGAUCAGAGAUACGAGGGUGUACGUAGAGCAUGCUACGAACAAGGUCAUACGGCAGUAUACGGCGAAAGAGGGCAGUUAUGACCACGUGCAAGAGAAGCUGCGGCAGAUGAGGGAGAACGUGCCGGAGGCGUUCCGAGAUGCGAACAAGCUUGCACCGCUUUUGAAGACGGUAGAAGACAUGACGGAUGUAUUCGAGGUUCACUGAGUGUCGGGGCGGAUGCUGGGUGACUUUACGUCAUACUAGCCACAGAUUUGGGUCACGCGCUCGCUUUGGUGACACCAGCCAACCUUCAUAUCCUUAGAAACGCAAAACGUGCGCAACCACGCUUUCGACGCCUAUCGCGUUCUUCAGGCAGCACGACGGAGACAGUGCAACCGGACCUGAUUCCGCAUGCGUUGCGGGCAUCCAUCAACACUACUGUACUGAGCGGUCACUAUGUUGAAGAACGCGAGAGCGAUGGCCCAUACCGCAGGGCAGGUCAGCCGCUGUGCCAGCCUCAUCAGAACAGCACCUCGCGUGCGCGCCAUGCGCACCGACUCAUUAUGCUACAUUCAGCAGCCUCUAUUCACUACGGUUCACCUAGCUCUAGCUAAACUCCCACCUCACCGCUCUCCCGCACAGGGCAUGAUAGCGCGCUAUUCGUCCCGCAGCUCGGCAAAAGGCAAUCUAACUUAUUCGAGAACUCCCACGA